AUGACAGCAGUCCCUCGGGCGAGGCUGCUGAACCUCAUGAAGGCUCAAUGCGAAAUCUUUUCGACGGCCUACAAUCCUGAUCGUGUACGGAUGGGUAAUAAAAUCCUUCGCCAAAGAUUAAGAGGUCCAACACUUGCGAAGUACUAUCCUCCAAGAGGGCCUACAAUCAACACGUUAGAGAAAGCAUUCAGAGGCUUAGAGUUAGAGACUAUCAAUGAGCAAGAAGAGGAUAGAUUGGAGCACUUAGCAGGAGUGAAAUCGCGUGGUAAAGGCGCACCGAAGAAGCAGAGGGGUCCACCUACUGGAUCACGUUUUGACAAAAAGAAGAAAUGA